CCGAUGCUUGAGCUGCUUUUUAGUGUUUUAGGACAAUGUUAAUGUGUGCGUCUGCUUCCUCUCUCCUCUCCUCCAACUGAUUAACUCCUCGAGCCUAGACAACUCUUUUGCGCAAGUGUGUGUGUGUGUAUGUGUGUGUGUGUGCUUGUGAGUGUGUGAGAGGGCUUUUUGGGAAGAGAGACCCCCAGGGGGAACUGGGACCUGCCAGCACCAGGGCUCUAUAAUGCCUUUUGAGAGUGGGAUGAACCAAAACACAGAUUUUUAAGAGUGCUAUUUUUUCCAUAUCUGUUAUUUACUCCCGCUCCUUGUUUAGGAGGCAGCACAUCUCUCGUCAAGGGACGCUGUGCCUAGUCUUUGACAAUGAAGUUUAACUUGUUUAAGAAGAAGCCAGAGGCAAUGGUGGCUGCAGAGCCCACGGGUGCCACCACUGCGACCAUGGCCCCUGCCCCGGCCGUCGUCUCCACUGCUGUGGCAGACACCUCCGGCUCCAACAACACCGAGAUCAACAAGAAUGAUAUGUUUGAAGAAAUCAAGAGCAAGUUCUUGAAUGAAAUUGAUAAAAUUCCAUUGCCUCCAUGGGCCCUGAUUGCCAUUGCUGUCGUGGCCGCCUUGCUCAUCCUUACCUGCUGCUUCUGCAUAAUCAAGAAGUGCUGCUGUAAGAAGAAGAAGAACAAGAAAGGAAAGAAGGGCAAGGAUGGCUUCAACAUGAAGAACAUGCAGGGUGGCGAGAAACACCAGGACGAUGAUGAUGACGAGGGAGAGACAGGGCUGACGGAAGAGGAGAAAGAGGAAGAGGAGAAAGAGGAAGAGAAACUGGGGAAGCUGCAAUAUUCUAUAGAUUAUGACUUUGAGAAUACAAAGCUCACAAUUGGCAUCCUUCAAGCUGCAGACCUUAUCUCCAUGGAUUCAGGUGGAACCUCUGACCCUUACGUCAAGGUCCUUCUCCUGCCUGACAAAAAGAAGAAGUUUGACACCAAAGUCCACAAGAAAACACUGAACCCUGUCUUCAAUGAGUCAUUUGUAUUCAAGGUCCCCUAUGAGGAACUAGGGGGGAAGACACUGGUGAUGUCUGUUUAUGACUACGACCGAUUUUCCAAACAUGACAUCAUCGGGGAGGUGAAGCUGCCCAUGAACACCAUCGACCUGGGACAGCCCAUCGAGGAAUGGAGGGAUCUGGAGAGUGCAGAGAAGGAGGAGCCUGAGAAGCUCGGAGACAUCUGCAUCUCCCUUCGUUAUGUGCCCACUGCCGGCAAACUCACUGUCUGCAUCCUAGAGGCAAAGAACCUGAAGAAGAUGGAUGCCUGUGGACUGUCUGAUCCUUAUGUAAAGAUCCAGCUGCUGCAGGGAGGGAAGCGUCUGAAGAAAAAGAAGACUACAGUGAAGAAGAACACCCUGAACCCGUACUACAAUGAGUCCUUCAGCUUUGAAAUCCCUCUGGAACAGAUGCAGAAAAUCCUGGUGGCCGUCACAGUGUUUGAUUAUGACAAGAUUGGUAAGAACGAUGCCAUCGGGAAGAUCUUUGUGGGAAGCAAGGCGACUGGCUUAGGUCUGAAGCACUGGUCUGACAUGCUGGCCAACCCGCGCCGCCCCAUUGCCCAGUGGCAUGCACUGCAACAGGAGGAGGAUAUCGAUGGCCAGCUCGCAGCUCUGGCUGCAAAGAAGUAACUUGCUUCACCAACCAACUAAUGUACUAACUCAGAUAUCCAACCCGCACUCCUACACUGCAUGAAACCCAUGACUUAUACAUGACGAGCAGUCAUGACUACUUCAGACAUGAGCAGCAAAAAAGAGAAAUCUUGAAAUAUCAGCUUAUUCACAGCUAAGUAAAAAAACAAAAAACAAAAACAUAAAUAACACUUUUUACGCACCACCACAUGUCACACAUUAGUGUACGCUGAGAAGAAUGAGACUGACUAAUUGAACACUUGGUUCAUGAAUGAUAGACUUUGAGUCUUUGUUUCAUUUGGAGAUACUUUUAGAAACAGAUUCUUCGGGUGCUGACACUCAAUGAAAGGCUCAGUGGAGACCUGAAAUAAAGCUUUGUUUAGUUUAUAGAGCAUUAUGCAUGCUUUACUUAUCUCCAAACUGCUCUGCAUAAACUGUGCCCAAUAUUGUAUCUUGCUAAUAAUAAGUGUGCUAUAACUUGCAGUAGAAAGCACUGUAGUAUUGGGCUAUUUCUUGCAUAGAGUCUGUUUAGGUCUGUUUAAGUCUAUUAAUGCAAAAACAUUUAAUUGAGAAUGAAUGGGGUCAAAAGAGUGCAGCAAUCCAUUUUGCAAUGUGUUUUUAAGAGCAAUGUGCAGAAAUGGUUGUCUUCUUUUUAUCAGCUCACAUCUGAGAAGGAGAUACAUAGUAUAUGGCAGGGAUGACAUAGCUGUCUGAUUUUUGUGGUUUGUUUUCUGUCACCAUUAACUGUUUAUUCCAUGAUGCCAUGAGGGCAUCCCUAUGCAUUUAGGUUCAGCACACAUUUCUGUGUUUUCCAAAUAGACCCACUGUAAGGCAGGAAAUACAAGGGUGCCUUGCCUGUUCUGACACUUUGCGAAAUACAGUGGGCUCAGAGUUCAGAGUUUUUAGAAGGGGAACUUUUUACUGGGUUAAUCUCAUGCAGAAGUAGUGUGCAACACUGUGAAUGUGCCAUCUGGAAUCUGUCUUGAGCUUUGUUUGACCACUUGGAUGUAAAACCUUACUUGCCCACAAAGUAAGGCUGAUGGAAGGCUUACAGUACCAAUGUUCAAAACUAUAAUGACUAUGCUUUUGUUGAACUUUGCUGUUGCGCCUUGAAAAUAGUGCCAUCUAACACAUUUGUUUUGUUUUGAUAUCCAUUAAAAUUCAUUGUGAGACCAAUGAUAUACUUUACUGAAGAUUGUAUAUUUCAAUACGUUAAAUAAUACAGUAUUUCCUGAAGAAACUAUAUCAUGGGGAUUUCUGUCAAAGAUUUCAUUGUUUUUAACAGAGAAUUGCAUUGAAUUUGAAAUGUAGCUGCACUUUCUAAAGGAGUGAGGAUUCAAGUCACCAUGCAGGUUGGUAUAAUCUGAACAUGGCUGGUACUAUGAAUUCUUGUGGACCAUCAAACGUAUUGUACAGUAUGCAUAUCCAGAGCCAUUUGCUUGAAACCAAAUGGAGUUGCAAAAUCAAGCAUGUAUCAUGCUUCACGGUAUAGCUCAUGUCGUUUGGAUUGCUCACUAUUCAUUCAUUUGCCACUAGCUGUGUAUACCUGAAGCCAAAGUACUGCAACAUGGUGAUAUGACUUCAUUACAGACACACUGCAUUAGUGUGAUGUGCAGAGGUUUGUAGUCUGUUGUCACUAGAGGUGAAAGUGAUGACAAUGAAGGGAGAUGAACAGCAGCAUACUAAUUAGUCCAUUCGCAGUACUUUUGCCUCUCUCUCUCUCUUUCUCUCUCUCUCUCUCUUUCUCUCUGUCUCUCUUCCUAUUGUUAACAUUAUGCAUUGCGCAAAUUUGUUAAUACAGCAUGUAUCUAUAAAGUUAUGUAAAUAGUCGCAUGUUUUAAAGAGGAACCAUUAUUAAAUUGUGUAUGUGUGUUUGUGUUCUAUGUCAUUUUGAUAAUAAAACGAAAGAAAGAAAGUA